AUGGCGUUCCUUCAUGGUGUUUUAGAUAACAUUCAGCCUAAAUUAGGCCAGCAUAAAGGCACUUUAACUAGCGCACUUAACUUACUUAAAGACACAAAUGAUAAUGGUAUUACUAAAUACAAGGCGGCGAUAGCCGAGGUGGCGAGUGGAGUACAUACAUAUAAUGAGAAGGUGGCAGCGUCGAAUGAUGCUGUGAAAAGUGUUAUAACAAGGCUUCAAUAUGAUGUUGGGAGAAGAUUUAGAGAUGAGAUUGAAGAGGCUGUGAGACAAGUGGACAUGAAGUUGGGGGACUGCAAGACAAAUGCCCAGACUUUUAUCACUAAUAUGACUAGCACACAUUUAAACACAGCAGACCUUAAUUUUGAUUGCAAAACAAAAAUUGAUAGGGCAAUAAAGAACAUUGCGCAUGAAGGCAAGAGGCUCCUGUCGUUGUGGGGAAAGGAGAAGAAGGACCUAGAUGAAAUGGAGAAACAAAUAAGGGGGACGUUUGACUUUUUAAAAACAGGUGUGAAUGCAGUAAACACAUCGCAGGUAAAUGAGUUGGUGGAGAAGUUGAAAUGGAAAGUUGCUGCUAUAAGGGUUCAGAUUGAAGGCAUCGGUGUAAUACUUGAGAAUCGUAUUAAGGAGUUAGAGAACUGGAAGGAGGAGGCAGCAAAACUUGUGGAUGGUACCGGCAAAGUGGCGGGUGAAAUCGAGAGAAAGGAUCCCGGAAAAAUUAAUUACGAUGAGAUUUUGGGUAAAGAGAAGGAGUUGGAAGAUAUUCUUGCUGCGCUAGAUGACAACGUAAAUAGGUUCAAGGGUGAUGUGAAAGCUGCUGCUACCAAGGGUGAGGAGCUUGUUAAAGGUUUUGACAAAGUGCUUCAAACGGAUUUGAAGGUAUUGGAGGGUUAUAUUGAAGGCGCGAUCAAGGAGUAUGUUGAGAAGUUGAAGAGUGGGCACUUUGGAAAGAUUAAAAAGGGCGUUGGAAACAGAGAGCGCCCACUAGAGGGGAAUGAUGAGAGCAUAGAUGCUUGUUGGGAAAAGCUUAAGCAGGAGAUUACGGGCCUUGUUGGUGAGGUUAUUGGCAAAGAGCCGGGGCCGAAGAAAUAUGAUGGCCUUAAGGGAAUUAAACAAAAGGUGAAGGAAUAUGCUCAGUUUUUCACUCAGGAGAGUUUUGAGAGUACAGUUCAAGGCUGGAUAAAAACAAUUCUGGAGAAGAAUGAGAUUGUUAUUGAGCGUAUUGGGUACUAUAUCAGCUAUGACCAUAACAAGACGCAUUUUGUGCACGAGAAAGUUAAGCAACAAGGUAAAGACGCUAUUGAUGACGAAUUCAGGAAACCGAUCGCGAAACGGAUCAAAGAGGAGAUAAAGAGUAAGCUUAAUGACAAAUUUUGGGAACCUAAAAAGGUUAAACAACCUGUGGAUGCUGAACACCCAUACAGCAUCACGAAAAACGUGGCAUUCGUUCAGGAGGUUUGCGAUAAUUUUGCCAAGGAACUUGGUGAGCAGAUUAAGAACGGCGGAAAGAUAACCGCUUCCGGAAUAGCGGAGCAGAUUAAGAACGAUAAGGAUGUUGUAGCAGAAAGCCAUCGGAAACAGCAUGUUGAAUAUCAUUUAACGCACGCCGUUCAAUUUAUUCUGGCCGCACUUCAGUCCAACGCCAGGCGUGUUGCCAAAACGCUUGAAUCAUUCACCUCUACCAAGGAUGGAACAUACCACCUCGGCUCCAACCUAGAGCUGGCUAUAAGCCGAGUUGAAACAAUAAAAAAUAUGUUUGGCGACGAGACCGGCAAAGGAAGACCAAACGAGCCUGGCAGUAAGAUUAAAAUGGCGUUGACGUCCGUGAAGGCAAGUAUCUCGGAGCUUGACAGGUCCAUGGAAAAAGACCUCAAGGCUGCAGUUGCCGGCGCAUUUGGUGAUGCCCUCAAAUCAAAGGACAAUCCUGCAGAGGUCAGGAAUCUUAUGAUAGGUUACGGUGUACAUAUACGCAAUAUCUUCAUCGAUUCCGUCCAUGCAAUUAACCAUAGAUCGCUAUCAUUUAACGUAGAUAAAACAAAAGGUGCCCUCGACAAUCUGUCCAGCGAUAUCAAAGAACAUCUCAACGCCCUUACCAAUUCAUUCUCUAACGUCGGCAAGGAUCUCAGAGGGAAAUUGAUGGAUUUUAAGAAUUAUAAGCUUGAAGGAUCCCUCAUUGUUAUAAAAAAUAAAAUACAGCACCUGAUCAGCACCGAACUUGCUGAAGUCACUAAGGCUGCUCAUGCGUUCGAAAAGCAAGCCAACGAUCUACGUGAAUCAACGACGAUCACGCUUACAGAUUACGUCCGCUCCCAGGUUACAAUUGCCCAAAUCGAUAUAACUACUCACGCACGUAAGCAGUACGUCUCUUCCAUCCAAUUGCUGCUCAACCAAUUUUCCGAAAGGGUCAGCAGCGAAUUAGGUCCUUUACCAGCAGCCAUCGACACCGACCGGAGGGAGGGCUUCAAAGGCUUUAUGAGAACCUUUGAAGGCAAAAUGACCGAUAAUGCAACGACUGACGAAAACAUUAAAAAGCUCAAAGAUCUUGCAAGUGAGUCCGCUGACACAGCUGAGCAGAAAGCAACACUCUUCAAAACGCUGUCUACAAAAUUCAAGGAAUUCUUCGGGCCACUAAAGGGGUAUUUGGACACGGAGAUCAUGAGACUCUAUAAAGACAGCAACGCAAAGAAGAAUCCUCCCGUAAUUAUCAAAGACACCGAUAAACAUCCUUACGCCGACGCACUUGACACCGUGCAAUCCAAACUCAACACUCUCCUCGAUGAACUUCACAGCUCCAAUCACUUCACUCACAGUCUCACCAUUAAUCUUGGUAACCUUAGCAGUGCACUUCAUAGUUUAGUUCCGACAAAUUUCGAGGGUCCGUGCAACACGCUGCCGGACGUUAUCAAGAGUGGACUGAGAGACUUCCACGAUGAACUCGAAAAGGCGUACGUGUCGGUGUAUGAUGCUGAGCCGUGGAAAUCAGAGCAUUCCGACAAAUACGCAAAAAUAUAUUUCACGCUUUUGAAGACCGUAUGUCACGAUUUGAUCAGGUUAAGAGAGCACUGCGAUGGUGACUGCAAAGACAAGAAAAUAUGUUUGCUUGAAAUGUCGGACAGAAAACAAAUUGCCAACCCUCUCGGCCAGUGGCUUGAUAAACGAGGCUUCACGGUGUCGAAUUCUCCAGACAAGCAAAACGGCGAGUUGAACAAGGAGAAGAACAGUGACGCAAUUACCAACUUACUUGACGCGCCAAUUGACAAAUCGCAAGAUAAUUUACAUCUUCAGCAAUGCAUAUCAAAGAAAGAUACUGGGUUCCCCGUAAUGGACAUCCUUGACUGUCUGUUCGAUCACCUCAUUCAAUAUAAUAAAACUAGCCACUUAAUUAUUCCAAUUUCACCUAAGUCACCGUCUAGCGUAAACGACAUGCUGCAAUGGCUGGUCGGCCUCCGGUACAAUCCGAUGUGUCAGCCAGUCGUGAGUGCCUUCAACGGGUUGUUUAGCGACGCAGAGAAAGGAUUGGCCGUGACAGCUCCACACGACGUCUUAAGAAUGAUACCAAACUCAACGCUGAGACCUAACACACUGGCAGGCACACUCACCGCAGUGUGCCGUCAAGCCGAAAAAACACUCACCGCAAUCCAGGGCUACGGACAUUCCGACGGCCGUUAUGCCUGCGAGUACGCCAACAACUCCCGCAAUUUAAUUUAUCCCACCAACCCUGCUGCGUGCAUGGACAUGCUUAUAGAUAUACUGUGUAGGCUUCAACAACAAUUGUGUUUCCUCUACAGACAAUGUUGUGUCACAAGUAAAUGCAGUGGAUGGCGUGACUGCCAUUACGGCAAAAAUGUAGCUGGGUCAUCGUGGCAGUGCAACGAUAAGCAAUGCCCUGACCAAACGUGUGACCAAACAUGUAACCAAAAGUGCAAACAACAUCCUGACUGUGGCCUCAAGUCGCCGCUUCAAUCGUUCCUUGAAGACGGCCUACAAGGCUUUUUGCCGCAUCAAUUCACCACUCCAGGGUGCAAGCUAACCUGCACAGUGUCAAAUCACAGAGGCCUUCCUUGUAAGACGCCUAUGGGUUUCGGUGAGCUUGCCACGACAGCAUCUCAUACACGUAACGGCGCGUAUCUCAGAGAUGUGCUCUACGAUUUCUGCGGCGAUGCUAGCAAGCCGCUCAGCAGAUUAUGCGGCUACCUUGUAUGCCUUGUAAAUCGUCCACCUGGAACAUUAGGAGAGAUGUUUGGGUUCUACUAUUCCUUCAUCCAUGGAUGGAGUGGUAGCGGUACCCAUCGUAGGGAUGGCUUCAACAAAGCCGUGAUCAGUGCCAAUUUCGAAAAUGAAGGUACAAGCCUGGACAUUGCUCCAAUAUUCAGAAGCAGCGAUCAUAAAUCUGGUAAUUGUAUGCCACACCUCACCGGUGAUCUGCACGCUCUUGUUAAAUGCACCGGUACAACAGGGGACGCUGCGUCACACCCAUGUGGUCCGUACUUGAGAUCACUGUGCCAUGACAUCCGAGGCAUAUAUUCAGAGACUUACGCAGCCAAAUAUUUAUCAUGGAUUGUCUAUUUAACAGAGACAUUCUAUAAGCUGCUAAGCAUGUUGUAUGAUGAGUGUAACAGUAGAUGUGGCGGUGAAAAACCAAGGUGCCGUAAAAGUAAAUGCAUUAGCAAUUGCGAAGCUACAAAGUGGCCGAUUAGCCCUGAAUCGAGGCAUGAUGAAUCCUGUCAUUCAAUUGUAAAUUGCACAUUCACACUGCCAACAUUGUGCAAAUACGGUCUAUAUUUUGAAAACACGUUAGACCUCGCUGGCAUGAAUGGAAUGCCAUUGAAACGCACAUGUAACGAUUUUUGUACACUAUUAAAAACAGUGCUAAAUGAAAAAUCUGUUCUUGUUAAACUCAUCCAUGCAAUCGACAAUUUCAUCUGGAAAAUCAGAGAGCCAUUCUCCCUGAUAUUGUUAACCCUCUGGUCCCUCUCUCUGCUGUACCUGCUGCACAUCACCGUCGUCCGCCUCGACGUCCUGAGGAUACGCUCCCACCUGCGCUCACCCUCAAGCCACCGCAUCGCCGCACAGUCGCUACUCGCCGCCGCACGCGUCAAGGCACUCGCCAACGUCAAGUACUUCUCACCAUAA